AUGCGAGCAUCAGUCCUGCGAUCGACGCGGGAACAAACAGGAUUUUGCAAGAGAAAGAGACUUCUUCCAUUGAUCCUUCUAGGAUUCGUCAUUGCUUCAAUAACACUUCCUUAUUAUUCCCCUGCCACCAGCGUGUCCCAGCAAAUAAUUUUGAUGGAAAAUAUCAUGUCGACUACUACUGUUGGAAUAAGCAUGAGCGCCAAUAAUGAAACUCUUCGUAGCAAUCUCGCCAAUUUUUGGCUGACUACCGAAGAGCCGAUGGAAGACGAGGACGCACCUAUGGACGAGGACCUAUCUAUCCAUGAAGCGGAGAAGGCGGUGGAUGGCGAGGAGGACAGCACAGUCGGGGAGGACGCAUCGGCCGAAAGGGACGACGAAGAUGGAAGAAGUUCAGAAGUAAAAGUAGCUAUAGAAACUGACGCAGCUGAUGGGUUUCAAUGUGCCAUUUGUUUUUUCGGUUUGCCUCGGUCGUACAAAGAAAUGGUGCUACCAAGUAUUGUGAAGAACGUUUUGGAGCCGAAUGCAAAGUACAAUUGCGACAUCUUUGUGCAUUUUUACGCCCGAAAAAAGGAGCUGAAAGGAAGGUUUAAUCCAGGGGGAGAAAUGGACCCCAAGGAGAUUUAUGCUCUGGAAAGUGCCGUGUGGGAGGUGAUGAAUUAUUCGACAGCAUCGUUGACAUCAUCAGCAUCCACACCAGCCGUCAUUUUCAGCAACGAUACCGAACGAGCCUUCUUUGAUUUACGGGGGGGACAACUUGACAAGUACCUCAAGACGAGGGAUGUGGAUACUGGCAAGAAACUUUACUUUCCGUGGAAGCAGACCUCCUGGAAACGAUCGUCAUUGGUCAAUUUGAUACGUCAGUGGCACUCGAUCGAAAACGUCUUUCGGUCGAUGGAGAAUUACAUGUGGAAGGCGCAGAAAAAUUACACUCGAGUGGCCAUGUUGCGAAAUGAUGCCAUGUACCUGAGCCCUAUCGACAUUCUACAGCUCGACAACGACGACGCGAACAGUAGCACGGACAAGAAGAAGAAACGAUCCAAUGUGGAUUCCAACAAUCGGCAUUUUGUAAUUGCACCCUUUGCCAAGUUUCCCGUGAAUGAUCGAAUGAUAUAUGGACCUUACGAUGCCAUCAAAAUAUGGGCUACACGACGUUUUGAUUUGAUAGAGAAAAGAGCAAACAAGACUUCAAAUCGAGGAAUGGUCAUGCAUUCGGAAACUUUCAUGCAACGAACCAUCAUACCAGCAAUGAAACGCAAGGGUUACAAAGAACACGUCCAUCCUGGCCUUUGCUUUAUUCGAACACGACCAGAUUCAAAGGCUCUCUUCAACGACUGUCGCACCCGGGGCGUUGCCAAAGGAUUUGAAGAGGAAUCUGCCAUUGUUUCUACGAUUGAAUCGAUUCUUCAAAGGUCUUGCGAACCAACGUCGGGACAGAAAGGCAUCCCAGCGGGGCAUCUCAUCCAGUGUUAA